UAAAAAUCAAACAAACCCUGUGCGCUUGUGUCAGUUGUCGCACGGCGUGUUGGACUCACAUAACAGUGAGUCUCUUUACAGUAAAGCUGUGCUAAGGUCACUUCAGUGUUUAUAUUCUGUUAACAAGAAGACCGUGGUGAAGUAGUACGCUUGAAGAUGGUGUUCCUGUCGCUGUCUUGCUGGAUCCGAAGCCGUGGACCGGACAGAUACUGGAAAGUUCAAGAUAUAGUCAAAAAUGCAAAGCACUUCAGAGGCAGGAAGAACCGCUGCUACAAGCUGGCAGUGAAGGCGGUCAGGAGGGCUUUCGUCUACGCCACCAAAGGUCGGAGGCUCAAGAAACGCUACAUGAGGACGCUCUGGAUCUCACGCAUUGCAGCAGCAUCACGUGAGCACGGCAUGAAGUAUCCCGUCCUAAUGCACAACCUCACCAAGUCAAGUAUUCAGCUAAACCGACAUGUGAUCAGCGACCUGGCCAUCACAGAACCUCGGUCCUUCCUCUCACUUGCAAAAGUGGCGCGGGCUCGACAACAGGAAGGCUUCCGGGCAGCGUUGGGUGACGGCAAAGAGCCCGUGGGUGUCUUUUCCCGUGUUGUUUUGCUACAGUAAAAUGACUUGCUUCAGUUACAGAUUUCUUAUGUUAUGUGAUUUAAAGAACAGUGGCAGUGGACUAUAAAGAUGUUCAUUAAACAAUUAGUCAGGCACCCUAUCCCUUACUUUCUUUAAAGUUGUUGCUUUGUCUUAGUAUGUUUGAUCACUUGAGAAUGCUGCUUGGAUGAUGUGUAUCUGUAUGGCAACCCAGUUAGCAUCACCUUGGUUUUCAGGACAACAAGCCAGUGGGAUUCUUCUUUGACCACAAACUAUUGACUGCAAAACAACGAAACCAGAAGUGCAACAUUCUGGACCGAUGUCUGGGAUUAAGGUCCAAAUCCUGCAACUCUAGUUACCAGGGCUGAGUAUAACAACCCAUAUAAAUGUUCACAUCUCAUUACCAGGGUCAAGUCAUCAUUCAGUACGUGGGUGAAAAUGACUGAUCAGAGAGCAGACAAUGAUGCACCUGUCUCUGUCUGCUUCAGGUGUAAAUACGUUGACAUGUUAAGCAAUGAGUAAUGUCCCUCAAGUAAAAGAGAUACAAUAUAUUGCUCUUGGACAUUCUAGCGUCUCUACGAAUGACUGACCUUGAAGGUUCCUCUGCUUGCUAUGCUCAUCUUCACCCAUUCUGCUUUUUUGUGUUACAAUGAAAACAGGUUUGACAAAUGCAGAUGCUUUUUCCUUUUAAGUCCCUUUCUGAUAAUUCCAUCAAUUGGCAACUCCUGAAUACUUUUCUAAAUUCUUUAAAAAGUGACCCAUCUGAAGUUAAGAGAGUUUACAGUAGAUUGAAGAAUAUUUUUGAAUUUGUGCAUUCUUGUAUCAUAACAAAGAUCUUGUUAUAGUCUGCUUCUGCCACUGUUCUGACUACAGUGUUGCCACAAGAUACUCCUACAGUCGCCCUGAUUACCCCCAGUAUCAUGAUUAUCAAUUUCCACAAGCCUCCUUUGCAUAAUGCUAGCUUUUUGUUAAGUUAUGAUUUGAUGAUGAUUGUGAGUUUUUGGAAGAAGAGUGGCCUCAAGUUUCUGUUGAUGACUUUUGUCUCUGUAAAUAUAUAUUUUGCCAUUUGUUUUGGCAAGGUUGUCCUCUAAAUGUUUAUUCAUUAAACAUUUUUUAUAUAUA